AUGACAGUGACACUGACAACAAGUCGGCGACGACUUCUGGCUGAAGCUACAGCCGACGGUGCUCCUACCUACCUCUACCUCCUUUAUCUCCCGCGCUCCUCCACCUCCGCAACCUACGGGAUCUCCGACUUCUAGUUCUUUCUACUUCCGACCAGCCAGGAACACACUGCACCAACCAUAUCGCUUUGCCCUUCGCUACCUAGCUUCCAGCUCAUCGCCCCUGAGAAACACAAGAACCCGUCCGACCGUCCAAAUCCCCAACAGUCGCCACUCUCACAAACCCGCGACACACACACGCACUGACUGGAACACCCGAAAGAGCUCGACCGUUAUCCUUCCUGGUGGACGUCUUUCCUACGCUUCCUAACGCACCUUUAAACAAGCCGUGGUCCAGUGCGAAUCACAGCGAGGUGCUAUCGAAGCGUGUCCGAGGGACUUCCCGCCGCCCAUCCGGCUUCUAAUGACGCAGACGCAUCUCCUUUGGAAAUACUACUGGGAAGACGAUGUCGAAAGAUUUCGACGCCUCCUCUCUCCCGCUGCCCACGGCUCCCAACCGGCCGGCCGGAGCAGCAACAUAACCUCGUGCGCAGCCGGCGGCUCUGGCAGUCUCGGUACAUCGCCCCGUCCGUCGGGCAAGCCCCGCAAACAGCCCAACAGCGCACUCUCACGAAUCGAUGUCAACAGUCGCGACCAUGUCGGCCUUACUCUACUUCUGCGCGCCGCCUCCUCGACAACCAAGAACGCCGUGUCUUUCGCUGAAGCCUUGAUCGAGCACCCCGCCAUUGAUAUAUACGCCCAAGACCCCGAGAGUGGCUGGAAUGCCCUUCAUCGUGCAUUAUACGCAGGGAACAUCUCGAUUGCCCGGAUGCUGCUGGAUAAAGAACGGCGGGACUUGACAAGGCAUACAGCAUCGCUUCUUCGGGUUGGACAGCUGAUCAAGACCAAGGAUCAUGAAGGCUAUAGCCCUUUCGACUUGUAUAACGCGACUAUCGGCGAGCGCGACUUGGUGGCUCUUCGGGAACUGGGAGGCGUGCAGGAUGAAGAGGACGGAUCAGACAACGAAGCCGAGGUGGCUCAGGAGAGCGUUUCCAGGAAAUCCAGGCACGGAGCCCUUGGCGAGGACCUGUACACUUUUGGAAGCAACCGGAACCUGACAUUGGGCCUCGGGGGUGAGGAUGACCGUCAGUUCCCCGAGCGUGUUUACCUAGAGCGGCCGGCGCAGCUGCUUCAGCGAUUCUAUAACGAGUACCUUGAGAGUGCUGGAUUAGAAGAUUCCACUGCCCAAGACCUGAGCGACAUUCCAGCUCUUGUUUUGAACCGGCCGAUCGUCAUCGAGGAUGUUGUCAUGUCGAAACUUCACAGCGCCGUUCUCACAACAGACCCCGUCUCGAAUCUGUAUGUUAGUGGUGUUGGUCGAGGUGGACGACUGGGACUUGGAGAUGAAAAUACCCGCUUCAAGUUUACGCCUGUCCAAGGUCCCCUGGCCGACAAAAAGGUCAUCCAGGUUGCGCUCGGGCAGAACCACACCAUGGCCCUUGAUGAGAGCAGAACUCUAUGGACUUGGGGUAGCAAUGCCCACUCUCAGCUAGGCUAUACUCUUCCUGAGCCGACUAAAAAGGACGAAGACCCCAUAAGCACUACGCCGCGGCAGGUAUUCAGCUCCUUGAAAAAGGAGAGUAUCCUUGGUAUUGCCGCUUCCUCGAUCCAUUCAGUUGCUCACACCGGCAUCUCCCUGUAUUGCUGGGGUAAGAAUGUUGGCCAACUGGCUCUGAUGGAUUCGGACUCGAGAUCUCUCGAAUACCAGCAGACUCCGAGGAAGGUGGCAGCUUCACUCUUCUCAUCACCGAUCGUCAUGGUUUCAGCUAUUGACAAGGCGACAACAGUCCUUCUCCAGAACCACACGGUCUGCGUGUUUACUGGUUACGGAUAUAACAUCGUCAAGUUUCCCUUUGCGACCAUUGAUACGAUUGGCAAUCUUUCCAUGUCCAAUCGGUACGAGCCAGGUGGGAGCCAGAUCUCUUAUAUCACAUCCGGUGGAGAGACGAUUGCCGCUUUGACAAGGCGUGGAGAUCUGUUCACCAUGCACUUGGAUCACAAGAUGGAGACGAACCCACCGGCGACCUCAACCACCAAUCCGUCCAAGAUCAAGGGUGCUGUAACCCAGCCACAGUGUAUCUGGAGCGCCAGAAAGGAUGGAGUACGAUCGGUUGGAGUGGGUGAGUUUGGCUCGGUUAUCAUCAGCACCCAUUCCGGAGCCGUGUGGCGCCGCAUCAAGCGAGCAAAGGUCAAGGAUGCCUAUUCGGGGUGUUCGGAAUCAAAGCGCAACGACUUCAAGUUUCAAAGAGUGCCGCAUAUCACAAAGGUUGCUGCAGUAAGGGCAUCACCUUUCGGUGCGUUUGCUGCGAUUCGCCGAGAUUUGGAUGUAUUGAAGGAACAGCUCGUGGUUUCUGAGCAGUCUCUUUGGAGGGACGUGGCACCACUCAAUCCUCUGGAGGGUUUCCGGGCAUCUGAGCCGAAGCCGCAGCUUAGGAAUAAGGAGAGUGUCAAAUUCUGGGAAAAUGAGACGCUCAAGUCCAACCUCGGAUCAGUCGCAUAUGAAGUGCUCAAAUCCCCGGAUCUGGAAGAGGAUUUGGAGUCGUACCUCGCAGAAUGGAAUCAUGUUCACCAACCAUUGGACGCCCUGGUAUGCAGCUCAUCCCUCCCGGAUAUUCGGAUACCAGUUCACGCCUGGCUCCUCUCCGCCCGAAGCUCCGUGAUUCGGCAUGCUCUGGCCCAUUCGCGGAGGCUUAGCUUUGAUAUUCAGCACGAAGCAUUUACGAUCAGCAAGGUGGAUGGAAAGCCCCUGCUUAUCUUCCAGGGCUUGGAUGUGAUCGCCUUGCUCAACCUCGUUCACUUCAUGUACGAGGACAAGGUGAUACCAGCAUGGAACUUUACACGUCAAGCCCCGCCAUUGGCCUACAGAUAUCGUCAAAUUCGCCAGGAGGUCAUGAGGCUUGCCACUCGUCUCAACAUGCAUAAUCUUGAGGCAGCGGCCCGACUGCAGGUUGACCCCAAGAAAUACAUGGAUGAGGAUUUCCGGGUAGCCAUCAAGGACCGCACCUUCUUUGGCGACGGCGAUAUCCUUCUUGAACUAGACGGCCAGGAGGUUGCUGUCCACAGCUCCUUUGUGUGUCAGAGGUGUCCUUGGUUCCAGGUGCUUUUCCACGGACGAUCCAGGGGCAUUUGGCUGGCUACGCGCCGGGAAGAAGCAGAAAUGGAGAACGAGAGGAUCAAGAUUGACCUCAAGCAUAUGGACCCCGGCGCAUUCGACUACGUGCUUCGCUAUCUUUAUGGCGACUACGGCGCGGAGCUGUUUGACCCCACCGUGUGUGACACGUUCGCGGACUUCCUUGACCUUGUAAUGGAAGUGAUGUCCAUCGCGAACUACCUGAUGUUGGACAGGCUGUCACAGAUCUGCCAGACCAUCAUGGGAAGAUUUGCCAACAUUCGCAACAUUGCCAACUUCCUUAAUGCCAUCAGCCCAUGCUCUAUAACCGAGUUCAGAGAUGCCGGUCUGGAGUACAUCUGCUUGCAGCUGGAGUCGAUGCUCGAAAACCACCUUCUUGAUGAGCUGGACGAUGACUUGCUUCUGGAGCUUGACGCAAUUGUUCGUGACAACCAGGCUGCUCAGUCGCCGUUUGUAAGGAGUGGCAGAUCUGAGAUGCUGCUUCAUGAAGCUCACCCAGAGCUUGCUCAGGAUAUCGAUGAAGAGAGGCAGAUCAGGGUUAAGGAGAUUGCUUUCAGGGCUACAAGGGAAGAUGAUCGAAAGCUUUCUACGUCCUUCAGGGGCAAGGGUGGGAGUGGUGUUGAUGAUGCAUCAGCGUUCACUCCUGCUGCUGACAAGACCAAGAAAGUACCAAAGAUUGCCAGGAAUGAACCGUUUGGUCUUAGUCCUGAAUUGAAGCCGAAGACCUCGCAGGCAGAUCUCAUCUUCGAUAUGGAAGAAGACGGUCCUGCUGCGGUCGGUACGCCCCUUAAUGCCAAGGCCCCAAAGCACUCUACUCCGGCGGCAGGUAUGGACCAGUUUCCGUCACUAGGCAGUUCAUGGAAGGGCAAAGCUCCGAUCAGGAGAGGGCAACCGCCUGCCGUGGCAUCACCCAGCUCUUUACAGGCUGGAACAUCGCCGGCGACGAAAACCGGAGGAGCUCCAUGGGCGAACGCCCCGAUGCCGGCCUCGAAGGUUGGCUUGCGGGAUAUCAUCCAACUGGAAGCUACAUCUACUCCAGUUGCGGCAGGUCGGUCAGCCCUAUCAGAGGGCUUGGCUGCACAACAGCAACAGCAAACGGGCAAGGAAGGGACAUUGGCGCCGAAGGUUGCACAACCCAAGCUGUCUCAGAAGGAGAAGAAGAAACAGCAGCAGGAACAGGCGGCAGCUCAGGCAGCUUUGCACUUUGCCAAGGCUUCCCUUGCAAACAAGCCGGCAUGGGGUGACACUGAAUCGAAGGCGCCGCCUCCUUGGAAGAUGGUGACUGCCAACAAGGCCAAGCCAGCGCCGCUAGAUGUCAAUCCUCCCGUGUCUUCUUCAUCAGUAGCAAAGCCACUAGUUGCAGCGGAGACCACACCUGUCGCCCGAAGGACAGCAUCGCCAGACACACGGUUCUCUGGUCAGCGAACGUCUAGCAACAACAGUGUUCACACAGCCAACCCUAACCCCAAGUCCAAGUACACACCUACACCCUCCUCUUCCUCAGCUCCCCGUCCUAGUCCCCAACCUCCAGCCCAGCAGUUCCCAAGCCUCGGAGAGUCUUCCAGCAAACCAAUUGUCCCCCACUCCAAGGUGUACAUUGCUCCUGCGCGCAAGGACGAGCAUUUGCUGGGCUUCAGCAUGGAGGAGAUCAUCCUGCAGCAGAAGCUCGAGCAAGAGCGGAUCAAGGGUGCCACGUCCAAGAGGUCCUUGCAAGAGAUUCAAGAGGAGCAGGCGUUCCAGGAAUGGUGGGAUGCCGAGAGCAAGCGGUUACAAGAGGAAGAGGAGGAAAGAAAGAGAAAGGCCACCGAGAAGGAGGAGAAGAAGGAGAAAGGUAGCAAGCCAAGGGGUAAAGGAAGAGGAAGAGACAAUGUCAAUGCAGCCGAAAGUUCAAAGGCUGGCGGAGAUGUCACUACGAAGGGCGCCGGAAAGUCGGGAGGUGGUGAAGCCAAGGCCGGAGAACGGAAGGGUGAAGGGAGAGGUGGGCGUGGAAAAGGAGGUCCAGGGGGUAAAAAAGAUGGGCCAGCGCCCGGCGAAGGAAAGGGAGCUGUCGCUGCUGCUACGUCAACCUCUGCAACACCAGCGAUACCAACAGGUCCAAAAGGCCAUGGUGGAGCAGCAGCGCCACAACAACAUCCCAGAAAAGCAGACGGCGGAGAGGGAAGCAGCAACCCGAGGAGGAGAGAUAGGGGAAGAGAUCGAGGGAGAGGAGGACGAGACGCCACGCAAGUUGCCGGCGCUGGUUCGACUCCCACCGGUCCCGCCAUCCCGGCUGCUGGGAGGUAGUGUUGGGCUUUGUUGAACGGGUGCCCUGCUUGUCGCGGGAGCCGUGCACAGAAAGAUUUAUGGGUUAAUGGGGUCAAGCAAAGCCUGGGAAGGAAACACGAGGGCACGGCAGCAUUGGCACAGGACAAGAUAUGGUAUU